GAAAAAAAUACUGGUGAAAAGGAAAUUGGCAAGAGGGUGGAACUAAUUAGUGCAAGAAAGAACGUUUUUCCUGGCGAUAAACCUUUUCAUCUAAAUGAAAAAUGUGGACUAUGUAUGUGACAAUACAUGUAGCCUAAUGUGCAACAAGUGGGUAAUUUGAGAGAGAUGAAGGUAGCUGAGCAUUCAAGCUCGACACACUCGACAUUCUAUUGAUGAGAAUCCAUGGGAGUUGUGAGCGGGUCUUUAUCCCGGUAUUUGACGGACCGGAAAUUGUUUAGAACGCGGUGUAAAUGCUGCCGAGUGCCGGGGUUCCACUAGAUAGCAGAGCCACAAAGUCAAAAUGUUUAUAUGUAAGAAUUCAUGAAAACAAAAAUGAGCUUUUUGGUCUUAAUUUAAGGUUAGGGUUAGGCAUAAUGUUUGCAAUGUAGUUAAGGUUAGGUUUAAAAUCAUAUUUUAAUAAGAUAAAUUGUAGGAAUAGGCGGGGUUUACGACUUUGUGGCUGUGGUAACUAGUGACGACCCGAGUGCCGGGAGAUGCUCUCGUCGCAAGAGAAAACAAGCAGAGCAGCAGAAACAUAAAAUCCCAGAAUCGAGGCCUAUCGUGACAGUUAACUGGUGUUAGAAUGGAUGACGACUGCAAUGGCCGUCCCUACAUGUCAGCAGGCAGUGGAGACUCUUCGAUGGAGAGGGAGUUUUCAGGGGCCCUUGGAGGCCCCACAGUGAGCACCCCCAACAGCCAGCACACUUCUCCCAGCCGCUCUCUUAGUGCCAACUCCAUCAAAGUGGAGCUGUACAGUGAUGAGGAGCCGGGCCGCGGCACGGGGCCAGAGGAUGAGAGAGGGGACAGGGUGGAGGAGGGGGGUUCUGAGCAGGGAGGAGAGGCCGGAGGAGGGGGCUACAGGGAGCUGGCCAGCCCAGAGCCCAUGUCACCAGGAGGUGCCAUCCGGCUGCCCAACGGAAAACUCAAGUGUGACAUCUGUGGGAUGAUCUGCAUCGGGCCCAACGUCCUCAUGGUGCACAAACGCAGCCACACAGGUGAGCGGCCAUUCCAGUGUAAUCAGUGUGGGGCCUCUUUCACCCAGAAGGGGAACCUGCUGCGUCACAUUAAGCUGCACUCGGGGGAGAAGCCUUUUAAAUGUCCCUUCUGCAGCUACGCAUGCCGCAGACGGGACGCUCUUACAGGCCACCUCCGCACUCACUCGGUAUCGUCUCCCACAGUGGGGAAGCCCUAUAAGUGUAGUUACUGUGGCCGCAGCUACAAGCAGCAGAGCACCCUGGAAGAGCACCGUGAACGCUGCCACAGCUACCUGCAGAGCCUGGAGACACAGCAGCCAGCCAGCGCUCACACUCAAGAAGAGGAGCUGAGGGACCUGGAGUUCAUGCCUGACAACCUGCUGCAACCUUCCUCAGACAAGAUGGCGUUCAUCGAUCGGCUAGCCCACAGCAUCACCAAACGCAAGAGAUCCACACCACAGAAAUUUGUAGGACAAAAGCACAUGCGCCUCAGUCUGGCCGACACGCCUUACGAGCUCAGAACCGCCUUCGACAAAGACGGGGUUACGCACCACGGUGGUCUGGAGCAGCCACACUACACUAGCCAGGGAGGAGGGUACCUGGGGGGACAGGGAGUUGGAAGUGGUGGUGGAUCUGAAGGCCUCCGACCCCUACGCUUGCCUCUCCCUCACCCCUCUUGCCUGUCGGAGCUCCGGCCGGUCAUCAGUUCGGCUCACACCCCCAUGGCUACGCUGGGGCCGAGGCUAGACUGCACUGGGGCCGGGGCUGGCCUAGGGUCCACGGGUGUGGGGGGCAGGGAGGCUGCAGAGGGCCACGAGGACCUGCCCCCUGGACGCAGCCACGGCCCGUCACCUAGCAACGGUUGCCAGGACUCCACGGACACAGAGAGCAUGCCGGAUGAAGUGUUUAGCAGUGUAGCGCCUGCCCUGCCGCUCCACAACAACCACAAUCACCACAACGUCCACCACCUCCACUCCAACCACCACCCUCCCCCUCCACCCCUACUGCACCACAGGGGCAUGGACAGCCCAAGCCAUGCCAAAGACAGGGAUGGAGAGAGGGACAGGGAGGAGGGUGGCCACCCUGCUUUCCCCCCUCCCCUGGCCCCAGGCUCCCCCACCUCAAGGCAGGCGUUUCGGGUGGUGGAUGGAGAGGGGCACACAGUGCGCUCUUUCCGCUGUGAGCACUGCCGUGUGCUCUUCCUGGACCACGUUAUGUUCACAAUCCACAUGGGCUGCCACGGCUUCCGCCAGCCCUUUGAGUGCAACAUCUGUGGCCACCGCAGCCAGGACCGCUAUGAGUUCUCCUCCCACAUUGUCCGCGGAGAGCACCUGCCAGGCUGAGGCUGGCUGGAUGGGCCUCUGUACUUAGGGCUGUUUUUACUCUGAGAGAAGGGCCUGCUUGGGUUUGGUCUGCACUGCAUCACAAGAGGGGGUAGAAGGGGAAGGGUAGUAAAAAAAAAAAAAAGAACUGCUUUUUGUAAAUGAUUUGUACACAAGCAUUGAUACUGAUAUCACUUAAACCUCAACUUCAAAUAGGCACACUAGAAUGGCUCAAUUGCGUCACUUAAAAAAAAAGGGAGAAUCCUCACUACUCUGAAUACACUUUUCAAAAAUGUAUGAAUUCUUGCCAGAAAAUGCUAAGAUGAAGAGUAAAUGCACUUUUCUAUCCUCAGAAGUGCCUUUUUCUGGUGUGGUCUGUCUACCUUUCCUCUCUUAUCCGGGUAAAAAACCGGGCGCACAAAACAGUGAUGCUACUAGCUAGACAAUGUGAUUUAUAUCGGACUUUGUUUUCCUCUACUGCACUUUAAUCAAGAUUUUAUCAAAAAUUUAUAAUGCAAAGAAAACAAACAAACAAACAGUUGUCAAUGUGCACUUCGUUGUGCUUGAAAGCUGUAGUCAGACAUCAGUAGUCGUCUUUAGAUGCCAUUAGGCUUCCUCGGAAUUUGUCCGUUUAACAAAGCCCUAUUUGAAAAGCACUUUGAAAAAUCCAUUCCAUUCCCUAACAUGCUUAGUCCCUGGUGGUGUGGCAGACAGUGUUGUGUAAGAUUGUGUAUUUGAUGUAUAGUAGGUCAUGUAUUUUAAUAACAGUUGCGGUGCAGGCCAGGCCCAGGAUCCCAAGUCAAAUAGUAAGAAGGAUUUGAGGGGUUGGCCUCAAAUGAGUGCACUUUCCAAUUUCAGUUUGUGUGUGUUGGUUCUUUUGGAAGUUUAGUAAGUUAAAUGAGAGCGAGUUGAAGGCUAUUAUCAGUGUGAAUGUUGUGGGGUGGAAUGGGGUACAGUAUGUUUGUUUUUGUUUAAUUUGAUUGCUUUUGUUGCACUGAGAUAUAAUUAUAUUAAACUAUUUUAUAGAGGUUAUUUAUGGCCUGCACAUUUCUCUGUGCAGUGUGUUGAAAGAAAGAAAUAUUUUUUUUAAAUUCAUCUCCACAAAAGGAGAGCCACUGCCACUAUUUUGGAGUUGACUUCAACAAAGGGUGGAGAUUGUUGGCAAUUUUAGAAGGUCCCUGAUAUCCCAAUGUGUUGCUUACUAUGAAACAAACCAAAACCAAUAUUAUUUAUUUAAGUGAGACUUAAAACAAUUGUUGUAUAUUCAUUGUAUUGUGCCUUUCAUGACAUUGACCUUGCUGACAAUUCUUGCCAAUAUACAUUUUUCCACCCAUAAAGAUAUCAUUGACGUUACAUGAAAUAUCCCAGCUGGCCCUGCUGAAUCCAAAAUUUCCCUCUACUAUAAUCACACAUUUUAAUUUGCAGUCACUAAUUUGUUAAGUGGCCUAAUGUAGAUAUAAAUUGUAUAACAUCAUCCCAAAAGGAAAGAGACAAAGACAUGUUAAAAAAGAGUAACUUUUCAUAUAUGAAAGGUUUAGAAAUAAGUACAUGUGCAUGAGAUUGUUUGUUUGUCACCUGCUGCUAAGGCAUGAAUGUGUGUGUGUGUGUGUGUGUGUGUGUGUGUGUGUGUGUGUGAGACCACAGUUGUCGGUGGUUAGAUUGAGAAGGUGAUUCUUCAGAAGUGACUUUGAAAUGCUUAUUUUCGUUCAAUGAUUUUCUUUCUUUCUCAUCAGACGUGUAAUUGUUGUUUUUAUAGAGAGCACUGACGUUGGUAAACAUUUUCCUUGGAAUCAGGAAGCAUUCAGAUCCCUUCAGGCAACUUUGACCAAGGGAACGUGAUGAAUACACAAUUUUUGAAUGAAAAGAAACAGUUUGGGCAGUUGUGGACCUACUCUUUUACCCAAUCUCUUAGUCUUCAUAUUGAAUGAACUUGGAAGCCUGUAGGAUUUAUAGUUCUUGAUUAGGGCCCAGAGUUUCCCAUGGUCAAGCAAAACUCCUGGCCCUACUCAUGACACAGAUUAAGUAUGAGAGACAGGAAAAUCUGCUGUGGCUGUGGGAUAUUUUUUUUUGUUGUUUUAAAUAAAUGUGAAACUCUUUACCUCAAAUGAUAAUUGCCUCUGUCGGGAGUAUGGGUUUGGUGAUGUUUGAAAUUUUCUGUGGUUAAUUUGAAAGUUUUUAAGUUGGUUUUGGCAGCCCUGUAUCUUUAUUUAAUUAAUCUUACAAAAAAGGAAUGUGCUUUGAAGUGGACUGUAUACAAGAAAAUGCCUCAUCCCAAUGUCAGAAAAGACACAAUCUUCUUAAACAAUUACAUAGCACUGAAAUUGUACUGAAUUACAGGGCAUAGUUGCACUUAAUCAGUUGCAUUAAACUUCAUCUGUAAUGCUGUUCUAAACGUGUAAUGCCUUAUGAACGGAUAUGUAAUUACUGUUCAAAGUAGAGAAAUUAUAUAUCUAAUGUAAUCCGAAAUGGUUGGAUUAUUGAAUUGACGUGGAAAUUCUGCAUUGAUCGUUUGACGGCAGUUCCUGGAAGAGCAGGUUUAGGUGUCUCCAGAUGUGUUUCUGUGUGUAAAUCUUGCUAUUGUGCCUUUGCCCCCGCGCCCCCUCCCUCCCCCUCUUAGGUUUUCACUGUUUGAUGUUGGCUACAUCAGAUUUGAGGACAGAACACUUGGCCAUGGGUCUUGAAAGCUCAAUAAACGGUAACACAAAUUGAUGUCAUAUGCUAGGUUUCCAUCAAAUUGGUGAAAGAUUUUAAUGUGAAUAUUCAAACAUCCGCAUAAAGAAAAUGUGAAUUUACCCGCCAGUGGUGCAUUUCCACCAAACUGACUUAUUGCAGAUAUAAAUCAGUGCGUGAUGACGUAGUGCACAAUGUACUUUUUCGCUUAAGUUUAUGUACCGAAUAAAAAAUCUAAUGUUCAAUGUGUUUCUAUCGCACUUUCAAUUCUACUGAUAGUUUUAUCACAAACUGUUACAUUAAAUAGCAAAUGUGCUUAUUCUGGUCUUAUCACUUGCGCCCUAGCCAACACCUUGCAGUUCAGGUAGGUUAGUCUACAAACAUGAGAUUAUUAUGAUUUAAGAGUUACAAUAUUUGUUUGUCAAGCAUCGAUCACUUCCACCACCCUGUGAAGUUCAGAACUUAUUUCAUCUGUAACCUAAUAAACUGCAUGGUUUCCAGAGUCGUAGUGGGAGGACCACACACCGUGUCAUCACGUGACUCCCAAGUUUACUUCGAUAUGAUAGUUAUAUCAAUAUUUGCGCAUAAAGGUGUUUCCACUGCCAUUUCUCGCAUACAUUUUACCAACACAAAAUGGUCCCACCAUGUCAAAAGAACAAAUUCUGUCGCCAUUUUAUAAAAUUGUACUGAAACUUGUUUCCAUCACAGCUGUUGUGAUUUGUCUUUAUACGGUAUGACUUUACUCACAUAACUGGAUGGAAACGUGGUUAGAUACAUUUGUAAUGUUUUGUUUGUUAAUUAUCAGUGUUAGUUCUAGCCAUUUCACAUCAGUCACCAAUCUGACAACUAGCUACACAGGCAGCCCAAUCAAACUAAUCAAAAGACCAAAUAGUGAAAAGAUCAGAAUAGGGCUGCCUGUGUAAAUGCAGCCUAUGGGAGAAUCUUAAUUGCAUACUCCUCCCGUCCUCCUCAAAAUCCAUUGGAGGAGAAGGUCAGAGGGGAGGGACCUCUGGCUUUCUCAUCCAAUGGGUUAUGAGGAGAGAGAAUGCAAGAAGUAUGCAACUUCAGGUUCUCCCAGUGACAAUGGGGGGUCGAUUUAAUUGUGCCUGUACAGGCAUGUUUUGCACCGGCUGAAAGUUGACUACAUUCGAUUUGGAACCGGGCUGCCUCUCUGGCAUGAGCCAAAUGUCCCGACCUGUCCGAUUGCAAAGUCGGCUCAAAACAAAAGUUACGUAAUUAAGCAGAUAAAGUAACGAGAAGGAUUCUGUUUUCACAUGCGAAAGGGAUUGUUUGUGAUAACGCUUUGUCCGCCUUACCAAUGAACUAGUUUGACAAUUUUGAAAAUGUAUUUUUUGGAAAAGAGCUGUACGAUGCACCCUGGCCAGCGUAAUAACACUCCCUCAUUGACUGUCAUUCCACAAAUCAGGCUGAUGGCACAGCACAAAACUCUGUAUCUUGUAGUUGACUCAUCUCACAGUUUUAGCUUUAAUUUAAAAUGUGCCUAGGACUUUACUCAGAUCUGUGAAUUAUGCUGCAAAAACAUCUUUGUUCUGUAAACCAAAUGGCAUGUACAGUUCUUGAAUGGAGCUAUAUUAAAGAGCUUAACUGAAUUUAUAGCAGAUAUGUCUGGGCUUUGGUAAUAGUGUGAAAAGGCAAAUUCAGUGAACCUAACUGGACAAGGGUAAUUGGACAGGAUGUAUCUCAUACUUGCCCUGGCUGUGACCAGUACAGUUUAUUUCACAUGAAAUCCAUUUAGGACAGAAGUUGAGCAGAAAAUCCCUGAGAAGGUAAUCCUGGAUUUGAUUAUUUGGAUUACAGUUAUGCUUUUAAAACCUGGUGCAUGAGGUAACAAUACUGUUUGCAACACUUUCCUUAUUCAGCUUUCUCCAAAUAGUCUUGAGGAUAAAUGAUUCAAGCUUAUUUUGUAUUUCUCCUUAACAACCACCCCAGCUUCAGAGAGAACAUUUUAUUACUGACGUGCUCUUGUUUUUGUGGUUGCAUUUUGCCCUUGUUUGAAUGUUUUAUUUUUCAAGGUUUCUCUAUUGCACUGUGUUUGUGUUCCCUUUGACUUGACUAUCUGCUCUGUCACCUUUUCUCCUCCUGCCCCUGUGAAUGGUGUGGAUUCGCUUUAACUACUGCAGAGCCUUUUUACAUGUACCAUAAUGUAAUUAAGUAUGUGUAAUCAAGAUUAAAACUACUGUAAGUUUUGUACUGUAUUGGAGAGUCUAUUCCAAAUAAAUACACUUUACUUGGC